AUGGAAGAUCCACAAAAGGGGAAGUGCGAAAUGUGCAUCUUGCAUUCACAAUAUCGCCCACCACCACGUUAUUCAGCAGCAGGCGGUGGACAAUCAUCCGUACAAGGGAAUCCUGGCCACAACAAUACCGACGUUUGCACUGAAAGCCGAUCAAUCAAAGAACCCUACAGUACAGGGCAAGCCCAAGGUUCUAGUCCUCAUACUUCCCCGUCGAAUCAUCAUAAACGGAAAGAGCCAUCGGGAGAUCAGAGCAAUAGAGGGUCAUCAGACAGUAACAAGCGAGGGAAAAUAUCUGGACAUACAACAGGGAGAUCAUUGCAUAGACAUGGCAAGGCUAGCGACCAGAAUCCUAGAAGCACUGCUAUUCCAGGUGCUUCUAAAUCAUCAGAGAGACCGGGAGAAAUGAUAUGCCCUCCUGUCUCAGAACAACCGCCACAACUUGACAAAUAUCAAACCAAUUAUGAACUUGCAGCUAACGCACUUGCGGAAGCUUCCAGCUCAGCAGGCUUUGGAAAAUCCGAUACUGUCGCCCAAACCUACGACGCUCCGGCUCCCCUAGGCUAUGGUUCAACUUCAACACAAAUAGGAACAGACGAUACAUCAACAAUGCAACAACGUAUGACCACCAAAAAUAUCUCCGGGACCUCUCUAUCUGCAGUUGAGGCCUCUGCAGAAAUGAAUACCCCGUUAACAGGUCACGAGCAAGGUGGAGGUACACCAUUACAUGGACAACAACACACGAUCACACUAACCCAAGCAAAUCGGCCCCCUCCAGAAACCUGCUAUGGAGUAACAAUAUUCCCUGACGAAAGAGUACUAGAGCCAUUUUUGCAGUUUCAUGCACAAAAAACAGGUGACUAUACACCUGGAACCGAGCGUCCGUCGGGUGCGCAAGACUUUAUUAUUUUAACUGCCGAAGGAGAGACGGUUGACCUUUCUUUGUGCACUUGGAUUAAGAUUGAUCCUUUUAAUCACAACGAUCGUCAUCGAUGUGGGAAUGCUAAACCAAAAACCUCCUAUUGUGGUACGACGUCGGGGGGAAUCCGGCACGUGGAUGCUACAAACCGCGAACCAAUUCCUCAUCGGAGGGAAAUUAUUCGAGAAAUUAAGGGGAAAAGAAUGAUACACGAUUCUCGACAACAACGUCAACUUAAUCAAUAG